AUGUUUGACAAUUAGUCAAUGUACAAUGCUAUUGAUUAUCAAUUACAAAUAGAAAUUGUUGAUUAUUAACAUUUAAAUAAUUUGGUGGCUCAAGUAAUUAGUUCCUAUACUGGAUUAAGAAAAUUUAACAAUUGUGAUAAUUCCAAGUUUUUUUCAAAUUUGUGUCCUUAUCCUAGAAUGCAUCAUUUAAUUCCAUCGUAUGGCAAAAUGACUUUAAUAAAUGAAUUACACUAGAACAGAAUUAUAGCAAACGUAAUUCAUUCAAUAUCUAACUAAAAAGGAAUGUUAACUUUAUCAAAGUCUGCUUAAUCCUCGUCAUAUAUCUACAGAAUUAUUAUUUAGGUAAAAAUAAUUGAACUCUUUUUAUGGUUAAUUUGA